UUCGGCUCGAGCCAAGUGAAGUUGUCGGCGGAGUGCGGAGUCACAGUGGUCGUAUCGUAUGAUGGCGCAGUAUGUCGGCCGUCCGCGAUUUGCGCCGACGGCGAUUGUUUUGCUGUUCGUUCCCGCCUACGUCGCCCAGCUAGCGAAUGCCGGCUCGUCGAUCGCGUCAACCGCGACGGUGACGGCGACGGCGACGACGGUCGACGGUGCCGUCGUCCGUCACGGCGACGUUCCGCCGCGCGUGGUUCAGCUCGCGGUGAAUUCCGUGGCGGUCGUCGCGUUAUCGGCACUGCCGCUCGACGUCAGCCCCGCCGACGUUCGCCGAAUUCCCGACUUGGGGAUCGAGUUCCUGGGCACCGGCCUCGAUCGCGAUCUCGCCCCGCGAUGGUCGUCGUCGAGCCGCGAUUGUCCGCCGGACGCGGGCAACGCUUUGGACGCCGUAUGGACGUCGUCGGCGAGCGACCGCGCGAUGUACCGAUUCCGGAUGAUUCCGGAUGCGAAGGUUGCCGUCGUCUAUUUCUGCCUGAGAAACGGCAGCGACAAAAACUGGAUCAACCUCGGCGAUCGCGUCUCCUUAAAAUACCUCCAUAUUCUCCAUAAAUUACGGCCGGAAAAAUAUUUUCGCACGCGACGCGAUGAAAAUCCAUUCGAUGGUUUCAAAACUUUCCCGAACAAUUACACGGACAUACAUAUCGAAGGAUUGCGGGUAGACAUGGCUGAUAAGGAGCCCCGUCACGACGAGACGGGUGUUCCCCGGAUUCUGGCCGGGAGUAAGGCAGUAAUUCGAUUAUUCGGCACUGGUAUCACGAAAGACACCUUGAUCACCUUCACCGACGUGCCGGGGGAAAGAGGCGUUGUGUGCGACAAGAUCAAGAGUAACGAAUUUCCGGUGGAAAACGUAGAGGAAACUACAGCGAUUGUUCAUGUAGUACUUCCUCUGGGAUCGUCGUUUUACGUAUGCGCAAAACGGCCGUUGUACGAGAAAGAGAAAUUUAAGAAGGAUGACGUGCUGUUUAGGCAUCAAGGCACUGCGCUGCACAACACUAUCAGCACAUAUGAGAAAUUACUACCGCUCUGGCUCACUAUCUUGAUCAUUCUCGUUUGUCUCAGUUUAUCCGCACUUUUCUCCGGUCUCAAUCUCGGUUUAAUGUCGAUAGAUAGGACCGAAUUGAAAAUACUCGUCAACACUGGUACAGAAAAAGAGAAAAGAUAUGCAAGAGCCAUUCAGCCGGUAAGAAAUCACGGAAAUUACCUUUUGUGUUCGAUUCUGUUUUCCAACGUUCUUGUCAAUUCAAUAUUCACGAUAUUGCUGGAUGAUUUGACAUCCGGGAUUGUUGCUGUUAUCUGCUCGACGUUAGCUAUUGUCAUUUUUGGCGAGAUUUCACCACAGGCUAUGUGCAGCAGGCACGGAUUAUGCGUCGGUGCAAAGACCAUCUAUCUGACCAAAAUUACAAUGCUAAUUACCUUUCCAUUAAGUUACCCAAUUAGCAAGCUUCUUGAUGUCAUUCUCGGUGAAGAGAUCGGAAAUGUGUAUAGUCGAGAACGCUUGAAAGAAUUGGUCAAGGUAACGACCGAAUACAACGAUUUAGAGAAAGAUGAAGUAAAUAUAAUUUCAGGAGCGUUAGAACUGCGAAAGAAGACCGUAUUGGAUGUAAUGACCAGAAUCGAAGAUGUAUACAUGUUGAAUUAUAACGCUAUUCUAGACUUUGAAACUGUGUCCGAGAUUAUGAAAUCAGGAUUCUCGCGUGUACCAGUGUACGAAAAUGUAAGAACGAACAUAGUAACAAUACUAUAUAUCAAAGAUCUCGCUUUCGUUGAUCCUGAUGAUAACAUGCCUCUCAAGACACUUUGCCAAUUUUAUCAAAAUCCAUGUCAUUUUGUCUUUGAGGAUGCUACAUUGGACGUGAUGUUUAAACAAUUCAAGGAAGGUCAUAAAGGCCACAUGGCUUUUGUACAGAGAGUUAACAACGAAGGCGAAGGCGAUCCGUUUUACGAGGUGAUUGGUUUGAUAACGUUAGAGGAUGUUAUUGAAGAAUUAAUUCAGGCUGAGAUUAUUGACGAGACAGAUGUGUUUACGGAUAACAGAAGUAAACGUAAAAGACAGGUUCGUGCGAAAAUGCCAACGGACUUUACUAUAUUCGCGGAGAAAAAAGAAAACCAACGAAUUCACAUUUCGCCACAAUUGACGUUGGCGAUGUUCCAGUACUUAUCAACAACUGUGGACACGUUUAAACCCGAUGUUAUAUCGGAGACGAUCCUGCGACGUUUACUGAAGCAAGAUAUUAUUUAUCACAUUAAAGUGAAAUCGCGCGAGAAAGCCAAAACCGAUCCGGCGGCGAUAAUUUAUCAGCAAGGAAAAGCGGUCGAUUACUUUGUGCUAAUUUUAGAAGGUCGCGUCGAAGUAACGGUGGGCAAAGAGAACAUGAUGUUUGAAAGCGGUCCUUUCACGUAUUUCGGAUCACAAGCUCUUACCGCUAACAUCGGAAUUGCCGAGUCGCCUACAAACGCAAACCCGCAGACAGUUGGAAGCAUUCAGUCUGUCAAUUUGGAUUCUAUGCUGCGUCAUACCUUUAUACCGGACUAUACGGUGCGUGCGGUGACCGAAGUUUUCUACGUAAAGGUCAAGAGAUCCCUGUACCUCGCCGCGAAGCGCGCCACACUUUUGGAAAGAAGUCAAAAGGAUCCGUUGCCUAGUCAGGAACAGUUCGACGAUGAAGUGGAAAAGUUGCUGCAUUCUCUUGAGGAAGACGAUCGUAGUGCACCCGAGUCUCCGAUAUUGCCCGCGGACAGAUUGACGGGCAGUGAGAAGGCAAAGGACGCCGUUAUUCAUUCGCCCAUACGCAGCGUAACGGCGCCGACGUCACCACUCCCGGUCAGCGCCAGUCCGAACACGAAUUCGAAGUUUAUCUCGCCGCGAAACGAUGGGAAAAUCAGGAAUUCAUCGGCAAAGGUACAAAUGAGUCCAGUGGAACUUCAAACUAAACGCGAUUCGUUGAACGCGCUAGACGCGGACAUUCUCUCUCGACAGUCCGAGGUGACACGAAUGUCGCCCACUACGAAGAAGGUGAACGGCGAUGAGGAACGAGCAAAUCUCUUGCCUAAACAGGAUAACUCUUAACGCUUGCAGAACGGCCGACAGCACUCUGCAUUGUCGGCGAAAUCGGUUACGCUAAGAGCAACGAGCAACACAGAACAGAACAUGCUGGCAUGACACAUUUUGCUACUGUGACAUUAGGUACUUCACGAAUUACUUAGAUAUUUAUCGCGAGAGAGGCGUCUCAUAUUUUUAGCGAUUGGCUUAUAGGCUGUACCCGACCUCGGCUUUCGUGAGUCGCUAAGUUUCGUAGGUAUCAAAAGUCAUCUUAUAUCGUUGGUUUGCAUAAAGAGGAAAAUAGUACGUAAUUGAUUGUUAAUAGCAUUUCAUAGAUGAUAAAGUCAAGAUGUACUAAGAUUAAAGACUAUCCGUUUAAAGCUUAUCUAAUUAUGCACGAGAAAAAGAGUAAGAGAAUUAAAACUUAUUUAGUAACAUGCUUUUUGUCUUGAAACGAAAAAAAGUUUUUUUUCCAUUUUACGAGUGCGUAUAUCAACGAUUUUUCUACUUUUUUUUUCCCUUUUUGUGAAUUUCUAGGUUUCACAGAGUACGUAUCGUAUGCAAUGUUCUGUCACGAUACCAUGUUACGAUUGUUUCAAUGCGAGUAAAACGAACGGCAUUGCGGGUACAGUUUUUAGCUAAUUGAGAAAAAAGUGAUAGAAACAACGCUGCAAUAAUGCCUUGACAUUAUUUUGAAUAUAUUUUAGUACGAAAGAUUCGUUAUAGAACAAAAAUGAAAUAUAUGAAGUCGGCCGGUCGAUAUAUCCAUACUAUCACUACAUAUACAUAUAUGUUAGAAAACAGUACAAAUGGAACGAAAAAAAGGUUUGAAGAAGGUUUAGUGUACGUUACUCAAAGGUCACUUUCCCGAAAAUCUGAGAUUUUAGUUACAUCUUUAUUUUUUUCAGUUGUAUGCGAAUCUAAACGUAUACGAUAGUUUAAAAUGGCCCAAUUAGUAAGUAGCGGCGAGGAAAUGACUUGGUACAUAAUUAAUAUAAUUACUUGUACUUUUAUUAUGUGCCUUAAAUUCUCUAUAUAUUAUCGUUGUGUGCUUAAACGAUUUUUUUUUUAUUUUUUUUUUUACUAGAGAGUAUUCCUUUCCGCCUCUUUCUUUUAAGAAACUGAAGUUUUAUCGACACAUAAGUUACAUUCUUGUCGUAACUGGCGCAGUCACGUACUUAUAUCACUUCUUCUUGCAUUCAUUAUUCUAAUGAAACGAUGUUAAGAUAAGCGCAGGAGACAUGUACUGUUUUUCUUACCGUUAAGAUUAAGAAACAAAGCAAAAGUUUUUUUUUCUUUGCUUGAUUUGCAUUUCAUCUUUCCUUAGCAACAAUUUAAUCGUUCCGAUUAGCAAAUCGGUAUGUAAUAUUGUAAUUAAACUACGAAAAUUAUAUAUGUAUGAUACAAAUGUAAAUAGGAAACAGGAUUUAGUCCUCUCCUAGUAAGCUUUAUCUAUUAGGUACUUAAUUUGUGAAUUUGUGACGACUGAUUGAUUUAUUAUCUUGAAGUAAUAUUUUAUUAUAUGAAAAUGAAAGAGAUUAAAUGUUUGCUAAAGAAAAAGAAUUGUUUACUCUAAGAAUAGAAUUUUUCUAGUACUUAUAGUAUACUCUUUUUAGUACAUUUGGAGUGUGUGAAAUCUAAAAUAUAUAUAAAAGUUGUCUUUUAUUAUAGAAUUGUCUUUAUAUGUCAUAAUUUUAGGAAUGAAUGCCUAUAGUUAUAUCGUGAAACUUCUUUUUCACUCCGUAAUAUUGUUAAUACUUUUUCAGGAAUCUAAUUUCCAUAAACUGUUGUUCUCUGUUUUAUAAGACACAUGAGGCGAAUGUACAAUAUAAUUUAUACUGUUGUUAAUCGAGUACUUAAAAUAUACAUUGAACGCAUCAAUGCGAUAUACAACUACACUGUAAUUAUUAGGCAUAAAGCGAUGAAAAGCGAGCCUUUCUAUGUAUCUACACGAGAUAAUUCUACAUUAGCAGACCUGAAAUACACAGCAGAAAUAAAGUAAAAUUUAAAAAGUUGACGGAAGUCCAACUUAAACCAUGUCUGCAUGAUCUGCACGUCUGCUAAUCGCGGAUUACCUCUAUAUUAAAAUAUUUUACAAAGCGUAACAUCUGGUUUUGGAUUCUGUAGAAUGUAUCGAGCUAGGAAAUGGUUACCUGACAUUGUUCUCCGUAGUUUAUUGUUCGAAGUACUUACAAAAAAAGGAAAUCAAUAACAAGAACGGGGUAAUAUUUUGUACUGAGUCUAAACGGAAAUAUUAUGUGUAGAGAAGAAAUAUAUUACACCUGAUAAAAGAAAAAAAAACAUAUUGCGGAUAAUAGAUCUAGAUACAAUAAACUGUUAUAUAGAUGAAGUUACAGCGUGGAAGAUAAAUAUAAACGUGACAUUUUUUACAGAGAUGAUUUACACAGUAUAUAUAAUAUAAUGAAUGUCGUGUUAAUAUGUAUGCUCCUCAUUUCACAUAUAUAUUUAUUGAGACUUGUCAUGUCUAUCAUUUUUAAGUAAUGAUUUUACAAUCAUUAUUUAGUAAGUUUAUACUUACUGCCAUAUGUUUAGUAUGUUACGAUCGUUGGUCCCUCGCUUAGCAUACUUGUAUUCGUUUCCAAAUAAAGCAUGAAAAUUAUUGCCUCCAAUUACUAGGAGACUAAAGAUUAAGUACAUUUACGUACGUAAUAUACUCCGGAAGUAUCAAAGCUGGCGAAAGUUAUGAGGCGAAAGAACAAUUCUUCGUAGACAAAUGUAAUUUCGAUAAUCGAAAAUUUCAGUAACAAAGAGAGCCGAUCUGACGUGUGACAGUUUUAUAUGAAAGAAUAUUUAUCACAAUAAAUAUGUUCUUCCUUAUAGAUUAUAUUAUCUUUAUAAAGUGUCUAUAAAUUAGAUAUAUAUGUCAUAACUCAUCAUUUGCCUAAGUCUCUCUUCACGUCCAUUUUCCGCAUUAUUUUGUACAAGGAUUACAUUAUAAAAUUUCUCAAUCUCCUGUACCUUCUAUAUUAUAAUUAUGUGAUUAUAUAAAUAUAGAUGCUGCAUAUACAAAAUCUUCGUUUUUUUUAGAAGACAAUAUGAAAGGACGUAGAAGUGUAGAAUGCUUAGGCGUAUUGUAAAAGAUAUACAUGUAUAAAACAUGGAAGUGGUAAACAAAAUAAAAAAUCUUUAUCACAUGA